ACAUCUCUCCAUCUGAAAGAAUGGCUCCGACUUACAUGACUGACUACUCUAAACUUUCCAACAAGGAAAAGCAUAAACUGAGAAAACCAGUGGUGGAGAAGAUGCGCAGAGAUCGCAUCAAUAGCUGCAUCGAGCAGCUCAAAUCCAUGCUGGAGAAGGAGAUCCACCAGCAGGAUCCAAACACCAAGCUGGAGAAAGCCGACAUCCUGGAGAUGACGGUGGUUUUUCUGAAACAGCAGCUGCAGCCCAAGACCUCAGCUCCACAGAAAGCCCACUUUGACGGCUAUUCCCAGUGCUGCAGGGAGACCAUGAGCUUCUUAUCUGGAAAAUCCAAGGUGGACGCUGUACGUCAGCAUCUGAACCACAGCCAGGAAGCCCAGAGAUCAUCUAAAGACCUCGCUCACGUGUCUCCAGCUUCCCAUCAGCCCAUCAAGGUGAAGCAGGAACCGUGUGCUCACAGACCUCUCUGUAGACCAUGA